AUGGCUACGGAGGCUUCAGAUUUGACGCCGCUGUUGGAGCAGCUGGAAGAUAGCAUUGAUGAUAUAGAAGAAGUCCUGGAGCCGCUGCUGGAGCGGGGACUCACUACGACGGCGCAGAAGCUGCCUCUGCUGGACAAGGCAAAGCUCCAUGUUCUGCUCUCAUACUCCAUUGAAUCCCUAAUAUUCUCAUACCUAAGAUUGAAUGACGUAGAUGCAAAAGAACACCCGGUAUUCAGGGAACUGAACCGCGCUGGAAACGACAAGUAUGACCUCGAGCGCGCCGAGAGAGAAGCAAAGGAGAAAGCGUUGGCCCAGCUAAGGGCUGCGCAGCUAGCUAAAAUGAAGGCGAAGGUAGCUGCUACAGUACCGCAGAAACGCUCCGCUGAAGAAUCCGAAAUGUCUGGACGUGAUAGUACAGCAGUGUCGACACCGGAACCAAAGAAGAGUAGAAUAACAGACCCGGGGGAUGAUGAUGAAGAGGACGAAGAAGAGGAGGAAGGGCAAGAAGAUGGCGAAAUUGAAGAAGAAGAAAGUGCCGAAGAUGAUAAGCAAGUUGGUGAGGUCAAGGAAGAGGCGUUUAUCAAGCUGCCUGCCGUCGAGACCUCGAAAAAGAACAAGAAAAAGCUGAGCAAAGCCGAGAAAAAGGCCAUGCACGGGAAGAAUGGAAAUAACGCUGCGAAGAAGAGGCAUAAGCGGAAGAACAAGAAGGUCAAGAAAGCUGACGCUGCUCGGCCCCAAAAUAACGGUUGA